UUUUCCACCUGUCAAGGAAGGUGACGUCCAUCGUCCCAGAGAGCUGCCUCCUCAUCCUGCUGGGGCUGGGCCUGGGGGGCAUCGUGUUGGCUGUGGCGAAGAAAGCCGAGUACCAGCUGGAGCCCAACAUGUUCUUCCUGUUCCUUCUGCCCCCCAUUGUCCUAGACUCGGGCUACUUCAUGCCCAGCCGGUUGUUCUUUGACAACAUCGGUGCCAUCCUCACCUACGCGGUGGUGGGCACGCUCUGGAACUCCUUCACCACCGGCACUGCGCUCUGGGGACUGCACCGCGCCGGGCUCAUGGAUCCGGGCAUCGAAGCUGGGCUGAUGGAUUUCCUGCUCUUCGGCAGCCUCAUCUCAGCUGUGGACCCCGUGGCGGUGCUGGCGGUUUUUGAAGAGGUCCAUGUAAACGAGACCCUCUUCAUCAUUGUGUUCGGCGAGUCUCUCCUCAACGAUGCUGUCACCGUGGUGCUGUACAAGGUCUUCAACUCUUUUGUGGAGCUGGGCCCAGCACACAUCCAUGCCACGGACUACAUGAAGGGGGUAGCCUCCUUCUUCCUGGUGAGCCUGGGGGGCACGGCCGUCGGGCUGCUCUUCGCCUUCCUCCUGGCCCUCAUCACGCGGUUCACCAAGCGGGUGCGCAUCAUCGAGCCGCUCUUUGUCUUCCUCCUGGCCUACAUCGCGUACCUUGCUGCUGAGAUGGUCUCUCUCUCCUCCAUCCUGGCAGUCACCUUCUGUGGAAUCUGCUGCAAGAAGUAUGUGGAAGCCAACAUCUCCCAGAAAUCCCGCACCACGGUCAAGUACACCAUGAAGACACUGGCCAGCAGCUCAGAGACCAUCAUCUUCAUGUUUCUGGGCAUCUCAGCUGUGGACACCUCCAAGUGGGCAUGGGACACAGCGCUGGUGCUGGGCACCCUGUUCUUUAUCCUGCUCUUCAGAGCUGUGGGUGUUGUCCUCCAGACCUGCGUGCUCAACCGCUUCCGCCUCAUCCCCCUGGACAGGAUCGACCAGGUGGUCAUGUCGUAUGGUGGCCUCCGCGGAGCCGUGGCCUUCGCCCUGGUCAUCCUGCUGGACAGGGCAAAGGUGAAAGCCAAGGACUACUUUGUGGCAACAACCAUCGUGGUGGUGUUCUUCACUGUCAUUGUGCAGGUGGAUGGGGGAGGCGCGUCAGCCAUGGGGACAUCGCAGAGUCCCCGCUGGAGGACACUCCUGCGGUGGGAACAGUUCGAUAAGAAGUACCUGAGCCAGCUCCUGAUGCGGAAAUCUGCCUACAGGCUGCGGGACGAGAUCUGGGACGUUUACUACAAGCUGAACAUCCGUGAUGCUAUCAGCUUCGUCGACCAGUCGGGGCACGUG